GUUUCUCCAGCCGGUACGCUAAAAGGGCAGCUGCCACCUCCGUACCCUUAUCGUUUUCAACGAACUACCAAAAUCCCAGCACCAUUUUCGUAAUUCCGCACGCUAAAUCCCCCCACCCCGCCCCCACAACUCUUCUUCUUCGUCCACCAUUUUUCAGUUUACUGUCAGUUGAAAUUCUUGAUUUUCAUUUUUAUCUUUUUCCCCUCUCCGGCGGCGACAAAGUUUUGUUUUUCAUUUUUUAUUUUUUACCUAAGCAAAGAAAGCAAUCUCUUUCUUUCUUUCUUUAUAUACUUCAGUCUAUCUCAAUCUUAAUCACCGAAAAGGGGAAAUAAGAAACACAAAGAGGCAAAAAUUUGUCUCUGUUUCAUUACUAUUUUGUCUCUACUUGCUUCUUGUUCUUGACUUUGGGUUGGGCUCCCAUAACAUUUUCGUGUUCUCCGUUAUCAAUCUCCCCGAGGUUAUCUUCUUGUCUGGUAAUGGAGAAUCUUUAAACAAAAAUUCCAUUUCAAGCGGGUUGUUGGUUUAUCGAAUUCAUCGAUCUAAAGGGGAAGGGGUUUGGAUAUAGAGCUUGGGUAAGCUAGGGUUUAGGCGGCGAUCAUGGCAGUUGUGGAUAAUGGUUCUCAAGGAGCGGUUGUCAACGGCGCCGGCGCCGGCGGAGAUCAGAAUCAUCACCAGGAUCAGCCCAAGAACGACGGCAACAACAACAACAAUCUGGUGGUUGACUCGGAUGGUCUAUACAUGAAGGUCCAUUCUUUUCAGUCGCACCUUAGCAGCAACAACCACCAAUUCAGUUCUCAGGUGCCGCAGCCGUUGGAUGAUCAUCAAUCCAUGAAAAAUGGAGAAGUGGAGGCUAAUGAUGAUGAGGAGGAUGAUGAUGGUGGAGAGGAGGCUUUCAACAGUGAAAUGAGGGAGCUGGAGGAGAUGUUCUCCAAAUUGAACCCCAUGGCAGAAGAAUUUGUUCCUCUUUCUCUGGCUAAGAAUGGUGGCCUCUUUCCUAACAAUACCAAUCCGGGGCGAAGGAAGAGGAGCUAUAACCAGGGAAAGAGAAGGAUGAAUGCCAGGACAAGUCUGGCCCAGAGAGAAGAGGUUAUCAGGAGGACUGUUUAUGUAUCUGACAUUGAUCAUCAGAUUACUGAGGAGCAGCUUGCAGCCUUGUUUCUUAGCUGUGGCCAGGUUGUUGACUGCCGUGUAUGUGGAGAUCCCAAGUCCAUCCUUCGCUUUGCUUUUAUAGAGUUCACUGAUGAGGAGGGUGCACACGCCGCUUUGAGUCUUUCAGGGACUGUGCUUGGAUAUUACCCUCUGAGGGUGCUGCCUUCCAAAACUGCAAUUGCUCCGGUUAACCCCACAUUUUUGCCCAGGACUGAGGAUGAAAGGGAGAUGUGUGCAAGAACGGUUUAUUGCACAAAUAUUGACAAGAAGGUAUCUCAAGCAGAUGUCAAGCUCUUUUUUGAAACAAUUUGUGGAGAGGUUUAUCGUCUGAGGCUGCUUGGAGACUAUCACCAUUCGACUCGUAUUGCCUUUGUUGAAUUUGCAAUGGCUGAAAGUGCAAUUGCUGCUCUCAGCUGUAGUGGUGUGGUUUUGGGUUCACUACCUAUCAGGGUAAGCCCGUCAAAGACUCCUGUCCGCCCACGCUCCCCUCGCCCUCAAAUGCACGGGAUCAACAUUGCCAGUGCAGAUUGAUUUACUCUGAAACGCACCUCGUGUAAAGAUGUUUUCUUUGUCCCUCUUACGUCGUCCUAUAUAUGCUGCUUCAUCGUGUCUUCCACUUGUGGUCCUUAGUAGUUUGUGUUUUGUUUAUUCUAACACGUGGGUAGAGCUGGAUGGGAACUUAAAAUUCGAGGCUGUGGAACAGCACGAUGAUGAUGAUUUUGCUUUGUUUCGUUUCCACUCGUACAUUUGAUCCUCCUAUAUCAAUGGUGUUUUUAUUUCAGAUUGUGAUGUUGAUGGUAGAUGAUGAUGAUGAUGCUUCAGACAUUAAUUGUUGUUUUGAGGUUGAUUUUGAUCCCCAUGUCAAUUAAUGUCAGUGGUGAUGUUAGUACCAAA